ACCGUGGAUUAUCACGUGACCUUAUCAAGUUUUUUUCUUGCCAAAGUUGAAACAAUGCAAAUCACAAAUAACCUAAAAACAAAUAAAACAAAAUACAAAUGAAUCUUCUUGCCAUGAUGUUCUAUCCUUGGUAUGAAGUUAUUAAAAACAAAUGCAACGAACAUUCAUUACUAUAAAGUCACGUGACUUUUUCCAUAUCAAAUAAUGAAAAUAGUCAGCCUUGGGCUUCCCUCACAUGGGUUAGUCCGCCUCGUUUCAACGCCAGCCAAGAGGCGCUUGUUGCGUCGAACUGGUUUCAGAGCCUGCGGAGCUGUUGUGACCUGAGUGGCGUUCAUCCUCGAUGACUGCAGGGGUGGCUGACAGGCCGUGCUGGGCUCUGCCGAUCAGGGAUUCAGGAGUGACACGACGUACUGGGGACUGACCCGCCAACGCCACAAUGAACCUCGAACUGCUCGAGUCGUUUGGCCAAAACUACCCGGAAGAGUUUGACGGCACGCUCGACUGCAUCUCGCGCGCUGUGACAUGCACGUUCAACCGCAAGGGUACGCUGCUGGCCGUCGGCUGCAACGAUGGCCGCGUGGUCAUCUGGGACUUUCUGACGCGCGGCAUCGCCAAGAUAAUCUCGGCGCACGUGCACCCGGUGUGCUCUGUGAGCUGGUCGCGCGACGGCCGGCGACUGGUGAGCGCCUGCACCGACAACACGGUCACAGUGUGGCACGUGCUCUCGGGCGAGUGUCAGCACCGAUACCGCUUCCCGUCGCCCAUACUGAAGGUGCAGUUUUGUCCGCGCGGCCGGGGCUCGAUCCUGGUGUGCCCGCUGAAGCACGCGCCGGUGGUGGUGACGCUGGACGAGGGACACCGGGUGCUGCCCGUCGACGACGACGGAGACCUCAACAUCAUCGCCACGUUCGACCGGCGCGGCCGCUACAUCUACACUGGCAACGCCCGGGGACGCGUGCUCGUCCUGCAGGCCUCCGACUUCAAGGUGGUGGCUUCGUUCCGCGUCACCUCCGGCGCGUCCAACAGCACGGCGCUCAAGACGAUCGAGUUCGCGCGGCGCGGCGAGUGCUUCCUGGUCAACUCUGUGGACCGCGUGAUCCGCGUCUACGACGCCCAGAAGGUGCUGGCCGCCGGCCUGGACGGCGAGCCCGAGCCCGUGCAGAAACUGCAGGACCAGGUCAAUAAGACGAUGUGGAAGAAGUGCUGUUUCUCCGGUGACGGGGAGUACGUGUGCGCUGGCUCGGCGCGCCAGCACGACCUCUACAUCUGGGAGCGGUCGGUGGGCACGCUGGUGAAGAUCCUGCAGGGCACCAAGGGUGAGCUGCUGCUGGACGUGGUGUGGCACCCGGUGCGGCCCAUCGUCACCUCCAUCUCGGCCGGCGUCGUCUCCGUCUGGGCCCAGAACCAGGUGGAGAACUGGUCGGCGUUCGCGCCCGACUUCAAAGAGCUGGACGAAAAUGUGGAAUACGAGGAGCGCGAGUCGGAGUUUGACCUGAGCGACGAGGACCGGACGGUGGCGCAGGCGCCGGGCGCCGCGCGCCACGACGAGGCCCUCGAGGUGGACGUGACCGGCGUGGAGCCGAUCCCGGCGCUGCGCAGCAGUGACGAGGAGGGCGACGGCGUCGGCGACCUCGACUACCUGCCCAUCGCGCCCGAGGUCGAGGAGCCCGAGGAGGGCUGGCCCCACGACGGCGGCCCCGAGCAGCAGCAGAGCCGCCGGGACAGCCGCGACAGUCCCAAGAAGAAGCGCGCCAAAAUGGUGGACAUCGCGCUGGCGGGCGCGCCGUCCGACGAGCCGCACCCGCUGCUCAGCAGCCGGCCGGCCAAGGACAAGCCGGCCAAAAAGACCGCCAGACACAAGGCAGACGCCAAGAGGAAAUAGGCGCGGCGCCGGGGGUCAGCGAGAGGGGAGGGGUUCGUCGCCAGGCCUGCCGCCGGCCCGGCCCGGCCCGACAGGCGACCAGCACGUGUCCGCCGCGCCGCCGCCACCGCUAGGUACUGUCGGGUACGCGCCGCCGCCACCGCUAGGUACUGUCGGGUACGCGCCGCCGGCCGCCGGGCGGUGCGAGGCGUCCACAUUCAUCAAUUCAUGUCGUCGUUUAGUUCCCGGUCGUGAAUUUAGAAUACGCCAUUGUGAGAUGAAAAUGUAUUCGGAAAGUCUGCGAAAUUCA